AUGAUUGAGCGGUGGAGGCCAGAGAUGCACACUUUCCACCUACUCUUUGGAGAGGUCACUUUGACCUUGCAAGACAUCCAAAUUUUGUUUGGACUGUGUGUUGAGGGAAAUGCUGUGACAUAUCGAGAUCUAAUGCUCCGUAGUUUAGAUUGGUCUACGUUACUACUAGAUCUUACUGGCUUCACUCCUGCACCAGGGGAUUUUUCAGGGACUAGCCGUCUUUACAUACGUGCAUUAGUCAAGUAUAUUCAGCAACAGGUUGUUCAAGAUCCCAUUACAGAUGAUACUCCUGAUGAUAGAGUUCAGAGGAUUGCUCGAAUAUACAUGUUGUUGAUUUUAGGAGCUAUCCUAUUUCUGAACACAUCAUGGAAUCACUUAAGUCUGCGGUUCUUGUACUUUCUUGUUGAUCUCAACGAGACGGGGACCUACAGCUGGGGCAGCGCUGUUCUAGCUUAUCUUUACCAUUGUCUUUGUCAGAUAUCUAUUGAGAAGAAAAACUUGGAGGAUUCGUUCCUCUCCUCUAGAAAGUGGACGCGAGGGGUUAAGCGCGAUACAGAGACACACCACGCCCUAAUCCCCGUGAGAGAUCAGGUUGAUCAUUUGACGUCGGAGCUG